GGGAAAUGAGAUCAUGCGACACGGUUUUCCAGAAAGAGAGACGCCUUGAGCUUUAUGCAGAUUGCAGUACCGUGUCAACUGAAUGCUUCAUCAGUUUGUUACCAUUUCCACUUCUGCGUUUGGUUUUGGAUUUGGAUUUCGAAUUUCAGUUUCUUCUUCCUCAGGACACAUAACUACUCAUUUCUUUGUCUUCCUUCCAAACAGACAAAUUUAAGGAUCUUCGUAUCUUCCAAUGUUCGCACAAUUUCCUGCUCUCUCUCUCUCUCUCUACUUUUCAUAGGACACUUGGCGCGGCAUCAUCAUACGUGAAUGUUGUAUUUGGAUUAAUUAGAAUUAGAUCAAAGAAGAAUGAGGGGUCGUAGGAGGAUGAGGAAGAUCCGUUUGAGCAAGAUCUAUUCAUUUGCAUUGUGUGGUAAAGGAACCUUAGAGGGAGAACAUUCACAGAUUGGGGGGCAGGGUUUUUCCAGGGUGGUGUUCUGCAAUGAGGAAGGGGUUAUGCAAAAUUAUUCAGAUAAUUCUGUGAGGUCCACAAAAUAUACUGCUGUCAGUUUCUUGCCAAAGUCACUGUUUGAGCAGUUUAGGAGGGUUGCUAAUUUCUAUUUCUUGGUCAUUGGUGUCUUGGCAAUGACAAAGCUUGCUCCUUACACUGCUGUCAGCGCAAUCGUUCCUCUCUGUGUCAUCGUUGGGGCGACCAUGAUCAAAGAGGGUAUUGAAGAUUGGCGUCGCAAGACACAGGAUAUUGAGGUGAACAAUAGAAAAGUCAAAGUGCAUAAAGGUGAUGGUGUUUUUGAAUAUACCGAAUGGAAGAAUCUGAGGGUGGGGAAUAUAGUUAAGGUAGAGAAGGAUAAUUUUUUCCCUGCAGACCUCCUAUUGCUUUCAUCUAGUUAUGAGGAUGCAGUGUGUUAUGUUGAGACCAUGAACUUAGAUGGAGAGACAAAUUUGAAGUUAAAACAAGGAUUGGACGUAACUUCUUCCUUACAGGACGACUCCAACUUCCGUGAUUUUAAGGCUGUAGUUAAAUGUGAAGACCCAAAUGCAAAUUUGUACUCAUUUAUUGGGAGCCUGGAGUUUGAAGAGCAAAAAUAUCCCCUUUCUCCUCAGCAACUUCUUUUGAGAGACUCCAAACUUCGUAAUACAGACUAUGUAUUUGGAGCCAUCAUCUUCACUGGUCAUGACACCAAGGUCAUUCAAAACUCUACUGACCCCCCUUCGAAAAGAAGCAAAAUUGAGAGAAAGAUGGACAGAAUUAUUUAUUUCUUGUUUUGUCUUUUGUUUCUAAUUGCAUUUGUUGGAUCUAUUCUCUUUGGCAUUGCAACUAAGGAUGACUUGGACAACGGGGUGAUGAAAAGAUGGUAUCUGAGGCCCGAUGAUUCCACGAUAUUCUUUGAUCCAAAAAGAGUUGCUUCAGCUGCCAUAUUUCAUUUUUUGACUGCUUUAAUGUUAUACGGCUUCUUCAUUCCUAUCUCCUUGUAUUUUUCUAUCGAAUUGGUGAAAGUCCUUCAAAGCAUCUUCAUCAAUCAAGAUGUCCAUAUGUACUAUGAAGAAGCAGACAAGCCAGCCCAUGCCCGCACUUCAAACUUGAAUGAGGAACUAGGCCAAGUUGAUACUAUACUUUCUGAUAAAACUGGAACUCUGACCUGCAACUCAAUGGAGUUCAUCAAAUGUUCCAUUGCUGGAGUAGCUUAUGGCCGAGGUGUUACAGAGGUUGAGCAGGCCAUGGAUAGAAAAAUUGGUUCUCCUUUGACUCAUGAGCAGGUUUAUGGGACAGAAUCAGAAUCAGAUGAAAACAGGAAGUCUUCUGAUAGAAAAACACGCAUCAAAGGUUUUAACUUUACGGAUGAAAGGAUAAUGAAUGGGAACUGGGUUAAUGAGCCUCAUGCAGAUGUUAUACAGAAAUUUUUUCGCGUAUUGGCAAUCUGUCACACCGCCAUACCGGAAGUGGAUGAAGAUACAGGAAAUGUCUCAUAUGAGGCUGAAUCUCCAGAUGAAGCUGCAUUUGUGAUUUCUGCUAAAGAAAUUGGUUUUGAAUUCUUUAAAAGGACUCAGACUAGUUUAUCAGUUAAUGAAUGGGAUCCAGUUUCUGGAGACAAAGUGGAAAGAAUGUACCAGCUUCUUAAUGUAUUAGAAUUCAAUAGCUCAAGGAAGCGAAUGUCGGUAAUAGUAAAAGAUGAAGAAGGGAGAAUUUCGCUACUCUGUAAAGGUGCUGACAGUGUCAUGUUUGAAAGGCUUGCCUUGAAUGGGAGAGAGUUUGAAGAUAAAACCUUGGAGCAUGUGCAGCAAUAUGCUGAUGCAGGUCUAAGGACCCUGAUACUGGCCUAUCGUGAACUUGAUGAGAAUGAAUACAAGGAGUUCAAUAAUGCAUUUUACGAAGCGAAAAAUUCAGUUACUGCAGAUCAGGAGACGCUAAUUGAGGAAGUAUCAAAUAAAAUUGAGAGGAAUCUAAUCCUUCUAGGUGCCACUGCUGUAGAGGACAAGCUACAAAAUGGGGUUCCUGAUUGCAUUGAAAAGCUUGCUCGUGCUGGAAUUAAGAUUUGGGUUUUAACUGGGGACAAAAUGGAGACUGCCAUUAAUAUUGGUUUUUCUUGUAGUUUGCUUAGACAAGGGAUGAGACAGAUUAUAAUUCAUUUGGAUGCUCCAGAAAUUCAAGCAUUGGAGAAGGGUGGUGACAAGAUGGCUAUUUCCAAGGCAUCAAGGGAAAGUGUCCACCGUCAGAUAUCAGAAGCUGCUCUCCAGCUUACUGCAUCCAGAGGAGCCUCUCAGCAGGCAUUUGCUCUGAUUAUUGAUGGAAAGUCACUUGCAUAUGCUCUGGACGAUAAUAUGAAUAACAUGUUUCUGGAGCUCGCAAUUCGUUGUGCAUCAGUUAUCUGCUGUCGCUCGUCACCCAAGCAAAAGGCACUGGUUACUAAAUUAGUCAAAUCUGGAACCCGUAAAACAACUUUAGCUAUUGGUGACGGAGCUAAUGAUGUGGGAAUGCUUCAAGAAGCAGAUAUAGGGAUUGGAAUCAGUGGUUUCGAAGGGAUGCAGGCUGUGAUGUCCAGUGAUAUUGCAAUCGCACAGUUCUGGUAUUUGGAAAGAUUGCUUCUUGUACAUGGUCAUUGGUGUUACCGGAGGAUAUCAUCAAUGAUUUGUUACUUUUUCUACAAGAACAUCACAUUUGGCUUCACUUUAUUCUUGUACGAGGUGUAUGCAUCCUUCUCUGGAGAGCCUGCAUACAAUGAUUGGUUUUUGUCUCUCUACAGUAUCCUCUUUUCGUCGCUUCCCGUGAUUGCCCUUGGGGUCUUUGAUCAGGAUGUAUCCGCGAGGUACUGUCUAAAGUUUCCUAAAUUAUACCAACAAGGAGUGCAAAAUGUCCUCUUCCGCUGGCGCCGGAUCCUCAGCUGGAUGCUCAAUGGAUUCAUUAGUGCGACAAUGGUUUUCUUCUUUUGCAUAAAAGCAAUGGAGGUUCAGGCCUUCGAUGAAAAGGGAAGAACCGCAGGGCGUGAUAUAUUGGGAGCAACCAUGUACACUUGUGUAGUUUGGAUUGUGAACCUGCAGAUGGCACUUACUAUAAGAUACUUCACAUUGAUUCAACACAUUUUCAUCUGGGGUUCCAUUGCUCUGUGGUAUCUAUUCCUCCUUGUGUACGGAGCAAUGCCUUCCAAGAUUUCAGGAAAUGCAUACAAAGUCUUCAUUGAGACGCUGGCUCCUUCACCUUCCUAUUGGUUUGUGACAUUCUUUGUGGUGUUCUCAACACUUAUACCAUACUUUUCAUACUCAGCAAUUCAGAUGAAGUUCUUUCCCAUGUACCAUGAAAGGGUACAGUGGAUAAGGUAUGAAGGAAAGAAGAAAAACAAUGAUCCUGAAAACCAUGUGUUGCGGCAGAAGUCAUUGCAGCUAACAACUAUGGGUUCAAAUGCAGGUUUUGCAGCUAAUGUUAAUCAUAGUAUAGAUAUAGAUACAGAUGUAGAUAGAACAACCAACAGAAGAUGAUAAUAUUUUGUUUAUUUUAUUUUUUGAAUUAUUAUUUUUUGCAUGGUACAGAAGAGGUAGAACUGUGAUUUUUAAUUUUUAUUAGACUAUUAGACAGCCAACCCUAAUGUAGAUCACGAUUACUGCAUUGACAAAUAAUUAGUGGAUUACUAAGCUUCCUGAUUAGAUCAUAAAUA